GUGUGCCACAUUUCAAUGUCCCACAUUUGCAGGCUGUUUGAGAUGGGUUUCCAAGAGCAGCUGACCGAGGUCCUGCACCGAUUGCCCGAGGGUCGUCAGACGCUCCUCUUCUCGGCCACUUUGCCUCGAUUGCUGGUAGACUUUGCCCGGGCGGGCUUGUCUGAACCUGUGCUCAUCCGCCUCGAUGUGGAGGACAAGCUCAGUGAACAGCUAAAGACAGUGUACGUCAUGUGUCGCAACAACGACAAGACAGCCAUCCUGCUGCACCUGCUGAAGCACGUCAUCAAACCUGAUGAACUCACCUUCAUCUUUGUCGCCACCCGUCACCAUGCUGAAUACCUCCGCGACGUUCUGGAGCAGGCAGGUGUGUCCUGCACAUACGUGUACAGCAGCCUGGACCAGGCAGCCCGGCGCAUCAACGUGUCGAAGUUCCGGGCGAAGCAGGUUCCUGUAAUGCUCGUUACAGACGUGGCUGCCCGUGGCCUGGACAUUCCACUUUUGGACAAUGUGGUCAACUACAGCUUCCCUCCACGCCCAAAACUGUUCGUGCACCGCGUCGGACGUGUCGCACGAGCGGGGCGCACUGGCACGGCGUAUUCCCUGGUCGCACCAGACGAGGCUCCGUACCUGCUUGACCUGCAUUUGUUCCUGGGACGAGAGUUGCGCUUUUCCAGCGCUGGCUCCAGCCCAGAAGGCACUGGCCUAUGUGGCCGAGUGCCUCAGGCAGUCAUCGACGAAGAGUUGGAGCUGCUUCGGUGUAUGCAGCAUCAGUCGACCGAUCUGCAAAACAUGGAGCGCGUGUGUAGUAACGCCAUGAUCCAGUACCUCAAGUCUCGGCCGGCCCCUUCGAGCGAGUCAGUGAAACGCAUGAAGCAAUACCUCCGAGAGGACCUGCCACCUCACCCACUCUUCCAAGCCAAGUCAGUGGAAGAAGAUACAAGAGCCAAACUUCUGCAAGGCAUGAAGAAAUUCAAGCCAGCCAGUACCAUCUUUGAGAUCGGGAGCACGGGCAAAAGUGCGGCAUUUGCGGUCAUGAAGAAUAAGCGGCGGAAACACGACAACCUCAUUGAACGACUCUCGGUGAGGGCAACUUCAAAGACGGAAGAGGACAAGCCGGCAGCCAAGCAUAGCGAUGCCAGCAGUUCUGCUGUAAUGGCAGGAGAGGAAGAAAUAGAGAAAACCUUCGCAACUGUGAUCAGCAAUAAGACCAAGGUGCCCAGCAGGAAAGGUGCUAAGCGCAGUGCAGGCUCUGAGCCAGCAGCUGCCAAGAGCAAAAAGGCCAAGCCAGCCUCGUUCAAGGAUGAGGAGUUCUACAUACCCCACUUUGCUUCAGACUUCCACUCAGAAAAGGGGCUGGAACUGGAGAAGACCUUUGAGCAGCAGGCAUCCCAGGCAGUGCUUGACCUGACAGGGGACGACGACAAGUACCUCAAGCAGCAGAAGAAGGCCCUCAGAUGGGACCGAAAGAAAAAGCGCUUUGUGCGCGAUGACAGUGACCCCAAGAAUAAGAAAAUUCGAACAGAGAGUGGUGCCUGGAUUCCAGCAUCGUAUAAAUCGGAUGUCUACAAGCAGUGGAGGAAGAAGGCGCAGAUGGACGCUCGGGAUGAAGGAAGCGGUGAUGACGAUGACGAGGCAGGAGCUGGCAGUGGCCUUGGGAAGCAGAAAAUUUCAGCCUGCGACCGACUGGGCAAGCGGCACAGCGGCCCCCCGCGCCAGAAGGCCUCGAAGAAGCACUUCCAGCGAGAGCUCAAGACCAAAGAGGAAAUCCUCAAGGAACGGAAGCGCAAAGCCCGGCUCAACUACCACGCCAAGAAGAAGCACAAGGAGCGGGCCGCCAAAAAGCGGAGGGCGUGAGGGAUGGUUGUUGAGUGUACAGAGAAAUAAAUUGUUCACACAAUGUCA